ACCGACACUUUGAAAGUCUUGGUUAGAUUUCGUGCUCAAUGUCACACUUACCGAAAAAUGCAUUUUGCAAAGUCGGAAAUAGAGCAGAAAGAUAUACUCAAAAGGAAUUGCGGUUUCUGCUAUCAGAAGUUCAGCGGUACCCAAAUAUCAUAGAAUCGCCAAGUAGUCAUUCUGAAACAAAAAACAGAAAGAUUUUAUUGUGGCAACAUAUUUCCAUGAAAUUACAACGUAAAUUCCCUAGUUCCAGCCCAAGAUCGGCACUGCAGUUAAGAAAUUGGUGGAAAAGAACUAAAAGCAGAGCCAAACAACGAUUGGCUCAUGGACAAUUAACAAGUGGAAAAUAUAGUGACGGCUGCAAUAAAAAAUUUCCUGAUAACACUCGAGGACGUCAAGUAUUAAGCGAAUAUACGGUACAAAAGGAAGACAGUGAGUUCGCUAAUUUUUUGGAAGAAGCAUCAGAUAGGUGUGCAACAUAUGAAAGUGCAAUAUUUUGUGAAUCAUUAAGGAGCGAUGAAUUGGAAGACAGUAUUAGGUUAGGUAGUACGGGAGCUGAAUUUGGAGGAAACACGAUACUUACUGAUUAUAGUGGAAGCGAGACUUCUCCCAAAAGCAUCCAGUUACAGAAUGUAACAUCGAAAAAUAAUUAUGGUAACCAAGAUGUUUCUUUGGAAAGCAUCUAUAGCUGUGACAAAGGCGGCAUGUUAAGUAAUAGCCAGAAUUUCGGUGAAUCUACUUCACAGGACUGUACUACUGCACUGAUGUUCAACCAAAUAAUGUCAAUCGUAGUAUUAUUCCUAUCGAAUUACAAAUGUUUAUUACAGAAUUCAGACUCCUUUAAUCCCACCAAAACAUGCACGCCUGAAAACAAUUUGCUGGAGACAAAAUCCAAGGAUAAUACCAACGCUAAGAAAGAUUGCGGAGAAACGUGUGCAAUGACUUUUGUUUCCAGUUCCUCGUCAUCAAUAAUAAGACCAAAGUUAGGAAAUACAAAUUCACAGCCAGAAAAGUCGAAGUUGUUGUUGGAACUAAUGCAAAUUGAUAAUGAAAUUCUAAGGCUGAAAAGAAGGAAACAGGACUUACAACUAAUUGUUUCAAAGGAUUAUAUUAAUAACUACAUGGAAAAUCUAAAUGUACCUGAAGCGGAAGCAGAAUUUGAUUCGAAAUGACAAGCGAACGUAGUUAAAAAAAUGUAUCCUACGCCUUACAUAGUUAACGAUUUGUAUAAAUUUGAAUUUUCCGAACGACUAGGAAGCUGAAGUUUUUGAACAGGG